CGUUCUUUCUCUUUCCGCAUCAAUAUUUCAUUUCAAAGCGCGAAGGGAUCUCGAUUUUGCUGUCAUUGGGCUCGAUCUUGGAGGAGUGGGCUAGAGAAGGUCUUGCAAUGGUUCUACCACAUCUUCUUGCAAUGGCUUUCCUUGCCAGGCUGGCGCUGGGCCUAUCACUCUCGAACAUCCUCUUAUCGCAAAACGCAGACGCAUCGCCCGCAUGGCUAUUAGAAGACUACGAUGUCUCCAAGGCGCUAUCAAACGCAGAACGUAACGGCCUCGGCGCGGUCGCAUCAGAAAGCGCGAUCUGCUCCAACAUUGGCAUUGAUAUCCUCAAGAUUGGAGGCAAUGCGGCGGAUGCGCUGGUGGCGACGGUGCUUUGUGUUGGGGUGAUUGGGAUGUAUCAUAGCGGCAUUGGAGGCGGCGGGUUCAUGCUCGUUCGCACGAGCGACGGCAAAUACGAGGAUAUCGACUUUCGAGAGACUGCACCCGCAGCUGCACACCAGGAUAUGUACCAAGGAAACGCAAACGGAAGCGUAAGAUCUGGCCUGGCGAGCGGAGUACCUGGAGAGCUGCGGGGCUUAGAGUACCUCCACGAGCGACACGGUGUUCUGCCUUGGAACAUGGUGGUGAUGCCUGCCGUGCGAGUCGCUCGAGAAGGCUGGCUCGUCAAUGAGGACCUCAUCCGUUACAUGAAUGCAGCCAUGUCAGAGGAGAACCAAUUUCUUGUCGAUGACCCAGCUUGGGCCAUCGACUUCGCUCCCGGCGGCAAGCUCAUACAAGUCGGCGACACCAUCACUCGGAAAAGAUAUGCGGACACCCUGGAAACAAUCGCCGAGCGAGGGCCUUCUGCGUUCUACGAAGGCCCGAUGGCGGAAGCGAUGAUUCGCGCUUUACAAGCAGCAAAUGGAACCAUGACGAUGGAGGAUCUGGCAAACUAUACCGUCGCCAUUCGAGAGCCCGUGCAGACGAAGUACCGAGACUUCAUCAUACGGAGCAACAGCGCGCCAUCUUCGGGACCUGUCGCUCUCUCUGUCAUGAAUAUCCUCGAAGGCUUCGACGGCAUGGGAGAUCCAUCCGCGGUGCACCUCAGCACGCAUCGACUCAGCGAAGCCUUCCGAUUUGCCUACGGCCAGAGAAGUGGCAUGGGCGACCCGGAUUUUCUAGACGGCAUGUACGAAUUUCAGCGAGAAAUCCUCAAUGCAUCGACUGCCGCCAACAUCCGCUCCAAGAUCAGCGACGCACAUACAUUGAACGUGUCCGCCUACGAUCCCUCGGGCUUCGAGAUUCUCGACACCCCUGGCACCUCGGCGGUGGUCGUUGCCGACUCCUCGGGGAUGGCGAUCUCCUUGACCACGACGAUAAACUUGCUGUUUGGGUCGCAGUUGAUCGUUCCAGAGACUGGGACCAUUUUAAACAACGAGCAGAACGAUUUCUCCAUUCCAGGGAAGUCCAACGCCUUUGGCUUCUUGCCGUCACCGUCCAACUUCAUCCGCCCAGGCAAGAGGCCGCUGUCUUCAAUAUCCAAUGGCAUAGUAGAGCACGCGGACAACGGCUCGCUCUACUACGUCGUAGGAGCAGCAGGAGGCAGCCGGAUCAUCACCGCCACCUUACAGAACCUCUGGCACGUCCUCGACCACGGCAUGACGCCUAUCGAAGCGCUUGCCGCGCCGAGACUUCACGACCAACUCAUCCCGAAUCAGUGUUUUUUCGAGUAUGCCUACGACAAUGAUACCGUGGCGUUUAUGAAGACUAGAGCGCAUAAUGUUACAUGGUUCGCUCCUGGCUCUUCGACGGCCCAGAGCUUGAGGAUGCUGCCGAAUGGCACGUUUGAGGCUGCUGGCGAGCCGAGACAGAAGAACUCUGGGGGCUUUGCUAUUUGAGUUACGGUAGAGAUUAUAGACUUGUUGAAUCGUCUCCUAGAGUUGUAAGGACAGC